CCGCCCCACGCCUCGGCCCAGCCGCGGGGUCCAGGGCUGAGGGAGCAGGACGGAAGUGAGCGGGUCCCGCCCCUUCCCGCUCUCUUCGUCCGAGCCGCCGCCGCCGCCGCCGCCGUCGCCGCUGUCCGCUCUCCGGCGAGCCGGAGUCUCCGUGCCGUACCCUCGGUCCCCGGCCGCGCGGAGCCGGGAUGCACUGCUCCUGCUGUGGGUCCUCAUCAUGGAGACCAAACGGGUGGAGAUUCCCGGCAGCGUCCUGGACGAUCUCUGCAGCCGAUUUAUUUUGCAUAUUCCCAGCGAGGAAAGAGACAAUGCUAUCCGAGUGUGUUUUCAGAUUGAACUUGCCCAUUGGUUUUACUUGGAUUUCUACAUGCAGAACACACCAGGAUUACCUCAGUGUGGGAUAAGAGACUUUGCGAAAGCUGUCUUCAGUCAUUGUCCAUUUUUGCUGCCUCAAGGUGAAGAUGUGGAAAAAGUUUUAGAUGAAUGGAAGGAAUAUAAAAUGGGAGUACCAACAUAUGGUGCAAUUAUUCUUGAUGAGACACUUGAAAAUGUACUACUGGUUCAGGGGUACCUAGCAAAAUCAGGCUGGGGAUUUCCAAAAGGAAAAGUAAAUAAAGAAGAAGCUCCUCAUGAUUGUGCUGCUAGAGAGGUCUUUGAAGAAACUGGUUUUGAUAUCAAAGAUUAUAUUUGUAAGGAUGAUUACAUUGAACUUCGAAUCAAUGACCAGCUUGCUCGUUUGUACAUCAUUCCAGGAAUUCCAAAAGACACAAAAUUUAACCCGAAAACCAGAAGAGAAAUUCGGAACAUUGAAUGGUUCUCCAUUGAGAAAUUGCCCUGUCAUAGAAAUGAUAUGACCCCAAAAUCCAAACUUGGUUUGGCACCUAACAAAUUUUUUAUGGCCAUUCCCUUUAUCAGACCAUUAAGGGACUGGCUUUCUCGAAGAUUUGGAGAUUCCUCAGACAGUGACAAUGGAUUUUCCUCAGCUGGUAGCACACCAGCUAAACCCACUGUGGAAAAAUUGAGUCGAACCAAAUUCCGCCACAGUCAGCAGUUAUUUCCUGAAGGGUCUCCUGGUGACCAGUGGGUAAAGCACAGGCAACCACUGCAGCAAAAGCCAUAUAAUAAUCAUUCUGAAAUGUCUGACCUUUUAAAAGCAAAGAAUCAAAGUCUGAGGGGAAAUGGCAGAAAACAGUAUCAAGACUCACCUAAUCAAAAGAAAAGAACAAAUGGAGUCCACAGCCAGCCAGCCAAGCAGCAGAAUCCCUUGAUGAAGUGUGAAAAAAAACUUCAUCCACGAAAACUUCAAGAUAAUUUUGAAACGGAUGCUGUAUAUGACUUACCUUGCUCCGGUGAAGACCAGUUGCUAGAACAUGCCGAGGGACAGUCUGUGGCAUGUAAUGGACAUUGCAAGUUCCCCUUUUCAUCCAGAGCCUUUUUGAGUUUCAAGUUUGACCAUAAUGCUAUAAUGAAAAUCUUGGACCUAUGAUAGCAGCAUAUGUGUUGUGGAAGUCCCAAGAUCAGGGACCUGUCACAUUUGAGUGGGUGUCUCUUUGAGCCUUACCUUUCUCAGGUGUUUUAAAGAAAUGCAGGGAGGCAAUGAUGUUUCUGAAGAGAUUGUUCUCUGUGCAGAAGAGAGAGUAGGAAGAAACAUGAGUUUGCACUGUAAAUGCAGUUAUAACCUUUUAUACACAUGAACCUUUUCAUUGUUUGGCUAAUGAAUUUAAGUUGCUUUUUACGGGGGCAUUUUUUUCUGUGUGAUUGUGGUUUUUAUUUUAUAUUCUGGUCAAGAAAAUAGUGUUUGAGUCAUCAUCAAGUAGCCAAGUUAAUGGGAAAGCUCCAUCUACCCAUUACAGUGAUUGCAAUAAUAGUUUUCCUUACAUUGAAAUUUUUAAAAGAAACUUAAAAUAUACAAUUAUUAAAUGAAUACAAGAGCUGAAAUGUCACAAGUCAAGAUUGCAGGUCAUCUGCUUUGGUGGCAUUUUGCACAUUUCUCUGCUUUUAAUCACUUAGGUUCUCUAAAUCUGCUCUGCUUGGAGUUUUGUUGAAAGGUUUUAUUUAGAGCCAGCAUCAUCUAUAUAAUGUUCGUGUUCAAAAUGAACUCUUAGCACUUCAUUAAAGGACAAAGUCCUCAGCCUGGAGAGGGACUGAGUUGGUUGGGUGGGGAGCUGAUGCUCUAAUUUUGGGUUGCGUUGCAUGCAGUCAGUGAACUUGUGAGACUGCUGGAGAGAGGGUAGCAGAGAGCAGCAUGGAGGCCGGGACCCAGCAUUUGCUUUGGUCAUGUCUUCACCAUCCUGCCAGCAACCCUUUAGUGUUGUACAAUGAUUUUGUUCUUGUGAAAAUUUAUUCUUUAUUACAGUUGUGUAAAUAUGUAUGGAAUACUGACAUUAUUAGGUUUUACAUUGCAUCUCAGUGUUGAUCUCUGGAAACUGAUGUUAUAUUAGGUUCCAAUUUGCAGUAGUAGCAGAGACUGACACACUUUUAUGAGCAUGCUGAAGCCCCUGGAUGAUGGAAUGAGAAGGGAAGAGGUAUGCAAUUUACCUGAGUACAAAUAAAGCAUUUGACUGGGGGAGGAUCAGAACGUGAAAGUAACAUACAUAACUCAGUUCUAGGAAUGUAUUUUGGUCCUUUAGGACUCAUAAAUCCAAAUACGGAUGGCAGUGCCCGCUUUAAGAAGGAAUUCAGCUAUAAUUGAGGACAAUCACCAGGGCUUUCAGGGGGCUUUAGUGUUCGGGCUGCUUCUGACCUCACUGAAGGUAUCUUUGUGUGUGUGUGGGGGGGGGAUGAGCACAUGUGUGCAUGUGCAUCUGUCAUGUGGGUUUUAAAAAUCUUUUUUUUACAUGUGGUAUCCACAAAAUAUAUCUCUGUAAAUUUUAUUGUAGAAAUCUUUAUUCUAUAUACAUAGCCUAUUUAAUAGGAGUUCGAUUUAACCCAGUGGGACUUGCAAAAGAAGUGCUAUUGUAAGGAAUUCACUUGCUAUUACUUUGCUUUAGCUUUUAAAUGGCUUGAUUUUAAAGGAGAAAUUCUAUUUAUUAAUGAAAGUGUCACCCUCUUGGUGCUAAACAGGAGAAUUCACAACUGUAGCAGUGCGUUUAGAAUUAGGUUAUUCACAGUCCUGCAUCUUUUAAUGUGACAAAUUUGUGAAUCCUUCUGUGACUUGUUUUUAAAUGCAUUAUAUGAUUGCAUUUGCAAGCUCUUACUGUUCUUUCCAGAAAUACAGCUGCUUUGCUUGGGUCUCCUUGAGCCAUAUUUAUAGUUGGUCCCAGUAUUCCAGAUUUCUGCUAAAUUGUUAAGGGAGUGAAAACUUAGUUUGCCUGGCAGGUAAAUCAUUUUCACUUGUUUACUGUCAUCUGGAAACCAUUUAAUUUUUAGUGAUUUUUGUAUGUGUUUUUUUCUUUUUGAAUGAGUAUUUUGGUCAUUCUUUCUGGUGCCUAGAGUUGGAGUUUCAGCUCUCAAUACUAAAGCAAAAGAGAUUAGUUAGUUACCAGAAGUAUGUCCUCUAAUGGUGUUGAGCCUUUUCAAGAACCAACAGAUUCUCUCUUUUCAAUUAUGAAAGUUUAACUAUGGUUAAAUGUUAUUGCUGUUGUGCUGCUUCAUGUAAUGCACUGUGGAACAAAAUAAGGGUAUUGUUGGGAUGGGGUUUUGGUAACUUGAGGCUUUUAGCUCUCGACAGUUUGAGA